AUGGCAGAAGUCGUCGCCACUCCGGCUCCCAAUGCCACCGCUCCUCCAGCUGUGGAUACCACUGAAGGAGAAAAUAUGGCCGCGAACGCGCGGUCUGAUAACUCCAUUUUGGUCUCCAUGGACAAAAUACCGGGCUUCUAUGCUCGGAUAGGCAAGCGAAUGCUCGUUGGCCGCGAUGACAAGCCGCCGUGCGACGAGGUCAUCAUCACAGGACUUGGCAUGGCCACGAAGACGGCGAUUGGCGCCGCGUCGCUCCUCCAGCGGGACAACUCUGCGACCAUCACCAAGGUCGAGACCUCUUACUUCCCCUCCACUCGGACUAGCUUGAAGAUGGUUCCCAAGAUUACCAUUAUUUGCACCAAGACCCCGGAGUUUUCGGAGCAAAUCAAGAAGGACAAGGAAGCCGCUCUGGCGGAGAAGAAGCCCGCGGCCAACGCCGUCGCUGCAUGA